GAUGGGGGCAGAUGGCGGGAGGGCGGCUGCUGCUGCUGCUGGCGCUGGCGGCGCUGGGGGCGCAGGGCCAGCCGCCGCACACCCCGGACUGGCGCAUGACCCUCAAGACCAUCCGCAACGGUGUGCACCGGAUCGACGUCUACCUCAACGCCGCCCUCGACCUGCUGGGCGGCGAGGACGGGCUCUGCCAGUACAAGUGCGGCGACGGAUCAAAGCCUUUUCCACGUUAUGGAUAUAAGCCUUCACCACCAAAUGGAUGUGGAUCGCCACUGUUUGGAGUUCAUUUUGACAUUGGUAUCCCCUCAAUGACAAAGUGCUGUAAUCAACAUGAUAGAUGCUAUGAUACCUGUGGGAGUAAGAAAAACGAGUGUGAUGAACAGUUUCAGUAUUGUCUUUCCAAAAUCUGCAGGGAGGUACAGAGAACAUUGGGAAUAUCAGAAAGUGUACAGGCCUGUGAAUCAACUGUUCAGCUGGUGUUUGAUGCAGUCAUACAUUUAGGAUGUAAACCAUACUUGGAUAGUCAGAGAGCUGCCUGUAUGUGCCAGUAUGAGGACAAGAGAGACCUUUAAAAGAAGAUACUGGAAACCUUACAAACUAGAACUGUGGAAGGCUCAACCUGAGCAAAAGAACCAGCAUUUUGUUACAAGCUGUUUUUAUUUCAUUUUUGUGAAGUGUAAUGUUGGUAUGAAAGUGGAUCUGUUUUCACAGGGACAUUGGGUCUUUUUUCCCCUCAUUUAAAACGUGUGUCUACUUAAGCCAUUCGGUCUUGAAGCUUGGUACUGAAAGCAGUGUCCUUCAGUACUUCCACACAAGCUUCUCGCAGGCUGUUGAUUGAAUGCUACUGAAAACUACUGAUGCCUUUUUACUUAAAACAAUUCUGCACACAUUUGGUGAGGAACAUGAAAACAAUACAGACUUCAGGCUUUUUUUUUUAAAUAGGUCAGAUUUAGGGGUUAAGCAGGCCUUAAAUGUCUAGUGUAUCUUUGAAGGGAUUUUGUGAGUUCAAUAUUUGAUCUUAAAUGUUUUGCACUUUUAAGCUGUUGGUGGAAUAUUACUGUGAUUAACUGACUUCUGUUUUUCUACUUUGAUUGUAUACCUUGCCAUGUUUGAAUUGACUAGACAAAACCCUUUAGUGAUGACAUACAACUAAAGCCAAAGAGCCUUACUGUCUGCUUACAUUCCCAGCUUACUCUGCAGCACUUCUCAGAUCCAUGUGGAUACUUUCAAACUUGUGUUGCAGAACCGGACAGUUUACAGCCAAAAAAUAUGCAAGGUGACACUUGAUCUGAUGAUGCUGAAACACAGCUGUAAUUUCAUAAUUAAUUUCAAAUAGAUGGUAUUUUUAGAUCAAAUUUAAUUAUAUAUGAUUAUUUGUAACAAAGGUCUAUUUGUUUCUACAUAGCAAAAGAUACAUCUUGAUCUGUUCAGAGGGUGAUUUUAUAUUUGUGUUGUGUUGACUAUGUUACUGUCUUCAUCUCUUAGCUACUCUUCACCUUAUCUAUAUUCUUUUUCAUAAAAAAAUUAAAAAUAUUUUCAUAACUUG